CUGACUAUUGUUUGUAUCUUUCGACGGAUAGUAUUUUACAUAUACAUUUGUCGGCUUUUAUAUAUAGCAGUGCUAUAGACAAACAAUACACAGAUUAAUCUUUAGAUACUAAGUUCAAUAAUAUUACGGACAUAUUGUAGACAAUGAGAAUCAUUAGCGGCGUUGUCGGUUGCCUUUUCUUGGUGUUUUCACACCAUGUGUCUGCUUUUCGCCACAAUCAGAGAGUAGGAAGUCUCGCUCCAGCUGAAGUGGUAGGUGAUUUAACCUCCACAUUGGAAACAGCUGAUACUUUGAUGACUCUCCGUGACCACAUGCACAACAUUACUAAGGAUAUGAAACAUGUUUUGAGCAAUGGCCGUGAGCAGAUUGUAAAUGAUGUUUGCUCUAAUGCUCCUGAGGACUCCAACUGUCGUGAGGUAGUUAACAAUUAUGCUGACCGUUGUGAAAUGUACGGAUGCUUUACGAUUGACAAUGUCAAAUAUCCGUUGUAUCAAGAGUACCAACCUCUAUCUCUUCCAAACCCUUACCAGUUGGAUGCUGCGUUCAGAUUGUUCAAAGAGAGUGCAUCCAAUCCUGCUAAGAACAGCGUAAAACGCGAAUGGUUGCGUUUCAGAAAUGGAGCGAACCAUGGUGAUUACCACUACUUCGUCACUGGUCUGUUGAACAACAAUGUUGUGCACGAGGAAGGAACUACCGAUGUUGAAUAUCUUGUCAACAAGGUACUCUAUAUGGCUACCAUGAACUACAAGACUUAUUUGACAGUAAACAGUAUGAACGCCAAGUUUUUCAACAGAUUCAGCUUCACUACAAAGAUAUUCAGCCGUCGUAUUAGGCAAACAUUGAGUGAUAUCAUCAGGUGGAAUGUUCCUGAAGAUUUUGAAGAAAGGAGCAUCGAACGUAUCACUCAACUUACUAGCAGCUACGAAGAUUACAUGUUGACCCAGAUUCCAACUCUUUCCAAGUUUGCACGUCGUUAUGCUGACAUGGUGAAGAAGGUUCUGCUCGGUAGCUUGACCUCGUACGUUGAAGCUCCUUGGUACAAAAGAUGGAUAAAGAAAUUCAGAGACUUUUUCUCUAAAAACGUUACCCAACCUACAAAGAAGUUCAUCGAGGAUACUAACGAAGUUACCAAAAACUAUCUGAAAGCCAAUGUUGCUGAGCCCACUAAAAAGUUUAUGCAGGACACUCACGAAAAAACCAAAGGCUAUCUGAAAGAGAAUGUAGCCGAACCUACUAAGACUUUUUUCAAGGAGGCUCCUCAAGUCACCAAACACUUCUUCGAUGAGAACAUUGGCCAACCCACCAAGGAGUUUUUCAGGGAAGCUCCCCAAGCCACUAAACAUUUCCUAGACGAAAACAUCGGUCAACCAACCAAGGAGUUCUUCAGGGAGGCUCCCCAAGUCACUAAGCACUUCUUAGACGAGAAUAUUGCUCAACCUACUAAAGAAUUUUUCAGGGAUGUCCCUCAAGUCACCAAGAAGGUUAUAACUGAGAACAUUGCUCAACCAACUAAGGAAUUCCUUAAGGAGGUUCCUCAUACUACCAUGAAAGUCUUGAAUGAAAACAUUGCUCAACCUGCCAAGGAAAUCAUACAUGAGUUUGGUACUGGCGCCAAGAAUUUCAUUUCCGCAGCCCAUGAAGGUACUAAGCAGUUCUUAAACGAAACUGUUGGCCAACCUACAAAGGAAUUCCUGAACGGAGCUCUAGAAACUACUAAAGACGCAUUACACCAUCUGGGUAAAUCAUCAGACGAAGCCAACAUUUAUGAUGCCUCGGAAAAUACCACUCAGUCUAACGACUCAACUACUUCCAACGGUGAAGACACCGCCGGAUACCUCUGAUGAGAUGCGUUUAUAAUGGCACAAACUCAACAAAUGAUGUAUCGUCAUCUGAUCCAUCGGUUUUCAAUAUUGUAUUGGAUGCAAUAUCUGAAUGCAUACGAUGCGACAGUUUCCAUCAUCGGGUGCCGAAUCGUAACUCUCAAAACACCAUUUUAAGUUAUG